CCUUCCUCGCGCUACCCAAAAUGGCGCCUACCAAAGGCUCUUCCAAGGGUGCCUCCUCAGGUGGUGCUAAGGGCUCUAAGCCAUCAUCUCUGUCCUCCGCCUCGCGUGUGAGCAAGUCCAGCAAGAAGAAUGUCAAGCGUCCCCCGCCAAAGGAAAUGAAGACCAAGGCGCGUACCGAAAAGGAAAACCUGGCGAAGAAGAAGAAGCGUGUCUACACAGAGGCCGAGCUUAACCUGCCCAAGUUAAAUACGAUCACACCGGUUGGUGUUGUGAAGCCCAAGGGCAAGAAGAAGGGAAAGACCUUUGUGGAUGAUGAGGAGGGUAUGAUGACAAUUCUUGCAAUGGUCAACGCUGAGAAAGACGGCCAAAUCGAGUCAAAGAUGAUCAAGGCACGCAAACUGGAGGAGAUACGUGACGCCAGACACAAGGAGAUGGAGGCUCGACAGGCAGUGAAGUCCAAGAAGUUGGAAGCCGUCAAGGACUCUAUUCGGAACGCGAAGAAGGGCAAGGGCAGUGACGAGAAGUCGAGCGAGGCCUCGACAUCCGCCAAGGGCGCAAAGUCGUCCAAGCCGAAGCGGAAAAGUGUUUCUUUUGCUUAAGGAAAAUUUUGUCUAUACCAUUAUGUACCUAGAAUGGGCUCGGCGUUUGUACGGGGGUUUAUCUUUACAUCUGUCAGAUCCAAAAUAUUGUGAAUAGCGUUGGUCAUAUUUAAGGAGUUUCUCCGAAGAUUGAUGAAUUCAUGACAAUUUCAUGGAUGAUUUUUUCCAUUCCCAAAAA